ACCAUACAGUCAAAUAUAUAUAUAUAUUUGAAAUUCCCGAAACCAAAAACAUUAAUCAUACCAUCAAAAGAGCCUUUCCUCCAAUUCAUUCAUUUAUUCUCCAUGGCUCAGCAAAAAAUUGUGCUGAAGAUUUCAACAAUGACGAAUGAGAAAGUAAGGCAGAAAGCCAUGGAAGCAGCUGCAGAUAUUCUCGGGGUUGAUUCAAUUGGUGCUGAUAUCGACAAUCAGGAGCUGACAGUGAUCGGAGAUAUGGAUACAUCUGCUUUAAUGAAGAAACUGAAGAAAGUUGGGGAGGUAACUGUAGCUUCCAUUGGCGUCGUGGAGGAGGAGAAAGACGCAGAGAAAAAGAUAUAA